AUGGCCGACACUGCGCUGGAAUUCACGGCCGAGGAGAGCGACUGGGUGUUCGAUUACGUGCUAAAUCUGUUCCGCUCUCCGGCUUGGGAGCUGCCGGUUAUGUGCUUCAUCGACGACAACUGCGCCAGCUUCGACACGAGCGAGGAGAACAAAUUCAUCUACACGGAGCUGCACGCGCAGUUUCGCCAAGUGGUGGAGAACGUUUUAGGCUCACAUUUGGCCGAGAUGGGGCUCACGGCAACGGACUUUGCUGCUAUUUGCGAGAGGCAGCGAGAAGCUGCAGGCGGCUCCGUCAGCGACGGCGUUAGCGCAGACGUAAUCAACCAAAUCUUGGCCAUGGACGACUUCAUGAGUUUCAAGAAGCUUAUGGUCAAGCGAAACCUCGAGCUCGAAUUGGAGGCCAUCAAAGAGCUGUGUGAAGAGGUUACAGACGACGAACACGACCUAGAGGCCCAGUUCAUGGAGCUUAGUGUGCUCUACAAGCAGGAGGAGAUGGAGCAGGCCGAGUUGGAAGCGGCACUCGCCAUGUCGAUGGUCGUGCAGGGCGAGCAGCUCCGUCUUGCGUCAGUAGCGGCAAAGGUGGCCGAAGACAAGCACGCUAGUGCGGCCUCUAAUGCGAGACAACUGUCCCCUGCUGAGGUGCAGCAACAGAUCCGUGAAAGUAAGAAGAGAGCUGAGGAGAUCUGCAAGAAGAAUAAGGAAUCUCUCGAAGAGAAUCGCAAUAAGCAGCGCGAAUGGCAACAGGUGGCUGAGAUCUCAGCGGACGAACUCAAACGCCGUGAAGAGUACUUGAAGAAGCAGCGCGACCGCAUUAUUGCAAAGAAGAAACGCGAGCGCGAGACUCAAUUGAAAGAGUACCACCAAGAGCAGAAGGCGACAGCUCCUGAUCCUCCUCCACAACUCGUCGAAAAGCUCCAUAGCAACACGUCGGAAGAGGCCAAAAAGGCCGAAGAGGAAGAACGUAGGAACGCAUUACGCAUCUCCUUAGCGCGACGUCUGAAGCAGGACUUGCUCGUGUCUGCGAAUGCGGCGGCCUCUGAACCGAGUCGCUCGGGCAGCUUUAAAGUGCACCAGCCAAGAGCGUGA